AGCGGCACUGCAGAGGAUUUGCUGCGUGUUGUUUUUUCAACAGCGCGCCGACACCCUUGGAGCAGUCAGUGUGGUAAAAACGAAUUACAACCGUUAUUACAGUUAAACCCAUCGGGACGUAAGCAGCAACAACCCAUUCGCAAGAAAUAUGAGUCACGAAUGAGGUCCACAGGAUGUCGUUCAAGAAGGAGACGCCCCUGGCUAAUGCUGUGUUUUGGGCAGCUCGGAAGGGGAACUUGGCCCUGCUUCAGUUACUGCUCAACAGUGGCCGUGUGGAUGCCGACUGCAGAGACAGUUUUCGCACCACAGCCCUGAUGGUGGCGUCCUACAAUGGCCACAGUGACUGUGCCAGUGAGCUGAUCAUGCAGGGAGCUGACAUUAACCUGCAGAGAGAGACAGGCUCCACUGCCCUCUUCUUCGCUUCCCAGCAGGGACACAAUGAAGUAGUAAAGCUCCUCUUUGAAUUUGGUGCCUCAACUGAAUUCCAGACAAAGGACGGUGGCACAGCCCUCUCUGCAGCCUGUCAGUAUGGCCACUCUAAGGUGGUAGACACUCUUCUGAAGAAUGGAGCCAAUGUUCAUGACCAGCUGCAUGAUGGUGCCACCCCACUCUUCCUUGCUUCCCAGGAGGGUCAUGUGACUGUCAUACGUCAACUGUUGUCAUCUGGAGCCAAAGUUAACCACCCUAGGGAGGAUGGCACAGCCCCCCUGUGGAUGGCAGCCCAGAUGGGACACAGUGAAGUAGUGAAGGUUUUACUUCUGCGUGGUGCAGAUCGGGAUGCUGACAGAAAAGACGGGUCAACUGCAUUAUUCAAGGCAGCUUUCAAAGGACACAACAGUGUCAUUGAGGAGCUCCUCAAGUUUUCCCCUUCAAUGGGCCUUCUCAAAAAUGGUUCCACAGUCCUCCACGCUGCUGUCAUGGGUGGCAAUCAUAAAAGUGUAAACCUUCUGCUCGGGGCCAAUGCAGACCCCACACUACCCAACAAGAACAAUGAACUGCCAGCAGAUCUUACAAAGAGUGAUCGCAUCCUGAGUGCUCUGCGACCACAAAUCUUAAAUGGAAGUAGUUGAUGACAAUCCUAGUUCCCACCUUAGACCAUGGUUGUUUUAUGGAGAGAAAUGCACUAAGGGCUCUGAACAACAGAGAACAAACAAACAGGAUUCAGUCACACUACAAUACUUAUAUGGUGCUUGCUUUCAAUUGCAGCUUCAGAAAAUACAAUGCUAUUUGGAGUAAACGUAACUGGACAUAUCAAUAUGUAGCCUACUACCAAAAUGCAUCCGUUUGUGGCUAGAAUUAUUUUGCCAUGUACAUCCUUUCGUUUGAGGUGUUGUUCUAACUUUGCUGUAUAGUUUUAGUUUCUAAAAUAUUGUAUCCUGGUGCUGUGAUAUUUCUAAAUAUUUAGCAUUUUUUUUAUUUCUGCAAUUUUAGUAAAUGCAAUACUGUACAUUGGGUUAAAUAAAAGAUGAAUGUGGAAUAAAAAAAAAACAUUUAUCCUGUGA